AUGAAUGACUGGACAGACACAGAGUGGCCGUAUGAGGGGUCGUUUGCGAAAGAGAAACUGCAAAUGGCUGAGAGGAAUGUUAACACAAACAGGGGUAAUCCAUCCUGGAACUAUGCUUACAUGAGAGAAUGCAUGCGAGUGUGGAUAACUGUGGCUCGUCAGAGAUAUGGAGUGCAUGUGGAUGAGAAAAGGCCUGAGAAGUGCUCUGCUGAGUUGAAAGCUGCCAUAGAGAAAAUUGCUGCCCGUGUUGAGACGCAUCAUAUUCCUAUGCUAGAAGCGGCUUUGCAGACAAGAGCUAAUGAGUUGACCAACAUUAAGCAAAGACAUGGUGAUAAUUUGCGUGCAUGUGCCACAGCUAUGAUGCACAAUUGGGCAAAGCGUCAAGCUAAAGUUCCCUCUCAGCAAGAACUGCUAACUGUUUUGGAAGAUGUUGAAUUUGCACGUCCAGAGCUACAGAAAAGUAAACAUUCAGUCUCCAACUAUCCCAAGCUCACUAAAACAAAUCCUGCCCGACACAGUAACACAGAUGAACAGGCCAGCUUAUGGCAAGCCACAGCCGAUACAGAUUUCCUCCUGCAGACAGCUGCAGUGAUAGAGGGACAAAGAGUAGCAGCUGCAGAAAGAGCUAGACAGGAGAGAGAGCUAGCCGAAGCUGCAGAUAGAGAAGGAGUUGCAGAUCUAGCAGAUAGAAUGAGAGCUGUGAAGGUGAAUCAGAAUUUGACACAGACGGGGAGAAAAUUGAGAGAGCUGAAGCACAAGCUUCAAGAGGUGCUAGAGGUUCCCGUUGCCGUACCACAAUCAGAAAACCUGGGAGUACAAAUACAUCACCCAGAGUUACUAGACAGAGACAACAGGCUGACACAGGCUCCCAUUGUGCCAGACACUAAUUCGAUUUUAGCUUCGUUACCAUCCAAUUCAACACACUACACAGUCAUUGAUCUAUGUUCAGCUUUUUUCUCUAUACCAUUGCAUCCAGAUAGCCAGUAUCUGUUUGCAUUCACGUUCAAAGGCAAACAGUAUACAUGGCGGCGUUUGCCACAGGGUUAUGUUGAGAGUCCAACAGUGUACGCAGCAGCGGUAAAAAGAGACCUUGAUGACCUCCACUUCCCAGGGGGUUCAACACUUCUGCAGUACGCAGAUGAUCUUUUGAUAGCCUCUCCAUCCGAGGAAGCUUGUCGAACUGAUUCAAUCUUGCUCCUGCAGAGGUUAGCUGAGUGUGGACAUAGAGCAUCACUGCCCAAACUGCAAUUUUGCCGAUCUGAGGUCACAUAUUUGGGUCACCUCCUGAAGGAUGGACAGCGCCUCCUAUCACCAGAAAUGGUGAAACUGCUGGUCAACAUGCCUCCCCCCAGAACUAAGAAGGGCAUGCUUUCAUUCUUAGGGAUGGCGAACUAUUGCAGACACUGGAUUUAUGAGUAUGCGGCUAUGGACUCUGUAUUGCGAGCAGCCACACUGCAGUCAGCUCCCACUGCAGUUCAAUGGACUGAUGACAUGCAAAAAGCUUUUCAGAACUUAAAGCAUGCUCUCACCAUGGCUCCAGCAUUAGGAUUGCCGGACUAUCAUCAGCCGUUCCAUCUACACGUACAUGAGAGAGAAGGCUUUGCUACAGGCAUUCUAGUACAAAAACAUGGGUCUCACUACCGUCCUGUAGCGUACUAUUCAUCUCGACUGACCCCUGUAGUCCUUGGUAUGCCGGGUUGCCUGAGAGCGGUGGCUGCAGUUGCUAUUCUGCUUGAUAAAUCCGCUCCCAUUGUGGAAAGGACCGUACCAGGUGCUGCUGACAACCAGGACAGCAUUAAAGGUUGA